GGCUAUUAUAUAAUUAAAAUGUGGAAAUAGACCUAAACUCUAUAUACAAAUAAAACCUUCAAAUUAAGAAGAAGAAGAAGAAGAAGAAGAAGCUCAUCAACAAUGGCAGCUAAUAGUUUUCAGCAACAGAAGCAGAGCCAUGGCAACAAGGUUGUUCCAAAACAACAAUGUUCAUCUAGAAGAACACCUUCAUUCUCCUCAUCAUCUUCAUCCUCCGUUGAAUCUUCAUCAUUCUACUACUUCCAUGACGACCACAACAAGAUUCUCCUCAGCCCUGCUUCUCCUCUUAGAUUCUCCGGCGGCGUUCCGUUCUCCUGGGAGCAUCUUCCCGGCAUCCCGAAGAAGCAGAGUUCAAAGAGAAUCCCCUCAUCACCUUCUUCAAUGAAGCUCCUUCCAUUGAUGCCACCGCCAACCAAGCACGGUAGCCAUGAUCAAGAAGCUUCUAGAAUUCGAAAGAAGAACUCCAGCUUCCAGAAAGAUCCAUUCUUAGCAGCACUUGUAGAGUGUUCCAAAGAAGAUCAAGAUGAAGAAACAAGAACAAGAAACAGGAAUCUGUGGAGUGGACCAAAGGUUUCAAGGAGUAUCAGUGAUCGUUUCGGAUUCACAGACAUUUAUGGUUCUUGUAAGAGAACUUGUGCUGUUUCUGAAUCCAUUGUUUACCUUCCAAGCUCUUCAUCUUCUUCGUCUUCUUCUUCAAGCCGCCGCAGAACUCUCUGAUUCUGCAUUCCCUUCUUAAUAAUUGUAAGAAAAAAUUAAACUUUGUUUCAUCUUUGUUACUACUAAUUAAUUAGUUUCUUAUUACAAUGUGGUAUGUCUUUGGAAAACUAAGUUAUUGUAAUAAUUUGUUAAUACAAAAUUAUAAGUAUAGGAACCAGUGUUUGCUUGGCAUCUUCUCUUCACAGAUCUACACAGAUUUCAUUAUGCUCAAUUUUUUAAUUAUUUCCAGUAAUUUUGUCAAAUAUUUUAAGUAUUUUUAAUUUAGGGAGAUUAAAGUUUAUACAUAGAGUGAUGGUUGUAUUUGAUGUGAUGAUAUAGUGAGUGAAAUUUACAUGAUCCCAUGUGGGAGAGAGGAAGAAGAAAAAGAAAUGCAGAGGACCACAGAAGUCAUAUAAUUGAUUUUGACUUUUCUAGUUUCAAUGAAUAAUAAUAUUAAGAA